UAGCCACUGCAGCUGAGCCUCCCCAACACCCCUCCUCUGCCCAGAGAGCAUUAUUGAUCUGAAGGGUAAAUGUGGAGGGAGCCACAGAGAGGGUCCAAGCGUUUCUGAGAAGAGAGGCUGCCUCUUCCAGGAACAAAGUGGUGUCUGCUGGCUGCCUGGCCCGGGAACCUUCUGUGAAUUAACGGGGACAAAAUGCGCCUUCGUGGUUUGCUACAGUGAUUUAAAAGAGGAAAGAGAGAGAGAGAGAGAGAGAGAGAGAGAGAGAGAGAGAGAGAGAGAGAGAGAGAGAGAGAGAGGCAGAGAGAAGUCGCACCUUGAAGCAAGGCUGUGUUGUUGCAUCCCGCGGUUGCUCUUCCGUUGCUGUUCCUGCAGCUGCUUCUGCCCUCGGCCAUCAGCUUAGUUACCUGACUGGUCCAUUGUACUGGAGAUUGGAAUCAAGCUGGAACUCAACAGAAGUCUGAGGUACUGAGAGGAUGGUAACCUUGUUAAAGACAGCGAGGAGCUUGGCAUAAACAGAGGCAAAGAAGCACAGCGCGCUGCCACUCUGUAGGUGUUGAUUGAAAACUUCGAUCUCCCCACCCGUUCCACGGUUGAUCUGAAGGAUUUCUCACUUGAUCACCGAGAGCAUUUCAAUUAAGAAGAUUCUCUACACCCCCUGAGUGAGGAACAGCCUUGCCAGGCCACAGAAGAGGACAUUGCAGCCAGUCCUGAUGAGACCUGAUAAGCUAAGGUUUCCUUAGAUGGAAUGUCAUAAAGGAGAAGCUCCCAAAGCAUCAAUGUGUGAAUUACUGUCACAACACUAAAACGGAAAGCUCAGCCUUCACAGCCACAAACACCUCAAACCUGGAUCCCACGACUCUACAUUAAAUACUGGAGUAUUUAUUACUCUACUGUAGGAGAAAGUUUUUGCCAAUGCUUACAAGGAACUCUUUAUACCUGCUUCUCUGGAUCCUGUUUGAUGGAGGUCUCCUAACGCCACUUCAACCACAGCCACAACAGACUUUAGCCACAGAACCAAAAGAAAAUGUUAUCCAUCUUCCAGGGAGACGAUCCCAUUUCCAACGAGUCAAACGUGGCUGGGUAUGGAAUCAGUUUUUUGUGCUGGAAGAAUACAUGGGCUCCGAACCUCAGUAUGUGGGAAAGCUGCAUUCUGACUUGGACAAGGGAGAGGGCACUGUUAAAUACACGCUCUCUGGAGAUGGUGCCGGCACUGUUUUUACAAUUGAUGAAACCACAGGAGACAUCCAUGCAAUAAGAAGUCUGGACAGAGAAGAAAAACCUUUCUACACUCUUCGUGCUCAGGCAGUGGACAUAGAAACAAGGAAGCCAUUGGAGCCUGAAUCAGAGUUCAUCAUUAAAGUACAGGAUAUUAAUGAUAAUGAACCAAAGUUUUUGGAUGGACCGUAUGUUGCUAGUGUUCCAGAAAUGUCUCCUGUUGGUGCUUACGUGCUCCAGGUCAAGGCCACAGAUGCAGAUGAUCCCACGUACGGAAACAGUGCCAGAGUCGUUUACAGCAUCCUUCAGGGACAACCUUACUUCUCUAUUGAUCCCAAGACAGGUGUUAUUAGAACAGCGUUGCCAAACAUGGACAGAGAGGUCAAAGAGCAGUACCAGGUCCUCAUUCAAGCGAAGGACAUGGGAGGACAACUCGGUGGACUAGCGGGAGCAACAGUUGUCAACAUUACGCUCACUGAUGUCAAUGACAACCCACCUCGAUUCCCAAAAAGCAUCUUCCAUCUGAAAGUUCCCGAGUCUUCUCCUAUUGGCUCAGCAAUUGGAAGAAUAAGAGCAGUGGAUCCUGAUUUUGGAAAAAAUGCAGAAAUUGAAUACAACAUUGUUCCAGGAGAUGGGGGAAAUUUGUUUGACAUUGUCACAGAUGAAGAUACACAAGAAGGAAUCAUAAAAUUGAAAAAGCCUUUAGAUUUUGAAACAAAGAAGGCAUAUACUUUCAAAGUAGAGGCUUCCAACCUUCACCUUGACCACCGCUUCCACUCUGCUGGGCCAUUUAAAGACACUGCUACAGUGAAAAUCAGUGUGCUGGAUGUAGACGAGCCACCAGUGUUCAGCAAGCCAUUCUACACCAUGGAGGUAUAUGAAGAUACUCCUGUGGGGACCAUCAUCGGAGCUGUCACAGCACAAGACCUUGAUGUGGGCAGUAGUGCUGUUAGGUACUUCAUAGAUUGGAAGACUGAUGGAAACAGCUACUUUACAAUAGAUGGAACUGAAGGAACCAUCGCCACUAAUGAAUUACUAGACAGAGAGAGCACUGCACAGUAUAAUUUCUCCAUAAUUGCAAGUAAAGUUAGUAACCCUUUAUUAACCAGCAAAGUUAACAUACUAAUUAAUGUCCUAGAUGUCAAUGAAUUUCCUCCAGAAAUAUCUGUGCCAUAUGAGACAGCUGUGUGUGAAAAUGCUAAACCAGGACAGAUAAUUCAGAUAGUCAGUGCUGCAGACCGAGAUCUUUCACCUUCUGGGCAACAGUUCUCCUUUAGAUUGUCACCAGAGGCUGCCAUCAAACCAAAUUUUACAGUUCAUGACUUCAAAAACAACACAGCUGGAAUUGAAACCAGGAGAAACGGAUACAGCCGCAGGCAGCAGGAGUUGUAUUUUCUUCCUAUUAUAAUAGAAGACAGCAGUUACCCUGUCCAGAGCAGCACAAACACAAUGACUAUUCGAGUGUGUAGAUGUGACUCUGAUGGUUCCAUCCUGUCUUGCAAUGUGGAAGCCAUUUUUCUACCUGUAGGACUUAGCACUGGAGCUCUGAUUGCAAUCCUACUAUGCAUUGUUAUACUCUUAGCUAUAGUUGUGCUGUAUGUAGCGCUGAGAAGGCAGAGGAAGAAAGAUACCCUAAUGACCUCUAAGGAAGACAUCAGAGACAAUGUCAUCCAUUAUGAUGAUGAAGGAGGUGGGGAGGAAGACACCCAGGCUUUUGAUAUUGGGGCUCUGCGAAAUCCCAAGGUGAUUGAAGAGAACAAAAUUCGCAGGGAUAUAAAACCAGACUCCCUCUGUUUACCUCGUCAGAGACCGCAAGUAGAAGAUAACACAGACAUAAGGGAUUUUAUUCACCAAAGGCUGCAGGAAAAUGAUGCGGAUCCAGCUGCCCCACCAUAUGAUUCGCUGGCCACUUAUGCUUAUGAGGGAAAUGGGUCAGUGGCAGAGUCACUCAGCUCCAUAGACUCUCUCACCACAGAAGCCGACCAGGACUAUGAUUAUCUCUCAGACUGGGGACCCCGCUUUAAAGUCUUGGCAGACAUGUUUGGAGAAGAAGAAGAGAGUUACAUCCCUGAUAAUGUUACCUAGGAGAGGAGAAAAAGCUGAUAUACAUGUAGAGGAGAAAAUUUUGACAAAAGUAACACAAAUAACACACACACACAAACACACACACGCUCCAAGGUUUUACAGUACACUAUUUUUAUUAUUAUUAUUAUUAUUAUCCAGUUUCUAAACAAGUUGCUCUGUUUAUCAUAUUGCCAUUUUCAUUUAUUCUGUAGACACAAGAUAAAUCUUGUAAAACGUACUUGCUUUCUUUUGUUUCGUUAUUUCAGGAACAUGCUGAGACGAGCUCAGGCUUAUUAAAUACAAUUCACUGACAUGACAACCUAGAAUGAAGAUAGGUAUGUGGCAUCACAGUGGAAGAGUGUGAGAUUUUUCUUAAUUCCACUAAAGUGCCUAUUGAAACUCUUAUCAUUUAAAGUGGUGUACAUAUCACUCUGCUGUGAUAGCUUUGCAGGAUUCAGAGAUAAAGAGGAACAAAGAAGGCAGUGUCUCUAUGUCAAGGAGCAACAGUGACAUGCUGACUCUCAUUUCUUUCAAGAACAGAGAAGAAUGCUUUCCAAACCCCAUCUUCUUAUAUGGCAAAGGUUUUUUCUCUUGUAAAUUGUAAGCUGAAAAAAAGAGGUAUUUGUUUUUCCUAUCCUUUCAGAAACUGGAAUAAAUGAAAUAUUAUUAAAUUCAAUAUGUAAGUCAUGAAUUCUAAGAGCAAUGCUUAAAUCAUGGCAUUAGUUCAUGUAAAAGAUGUUAAUUAAGUUGUAAGUUUUCCAAAAAAUAAAAUCAUACAGAAGAAACAAAAAGAAUCCCUCUUUAUAAAGAGAGGCCUCAGGGCUCAAAUUCCAACGUCAAAUAAAUAUUGCUUUGUUUAAUUCUAUAUGAGUAUGUAAAAGUUAGUUUCAAAAAAACCAGUCACCGUAUCAUUUAAGCUUUCAGUGACAGAUAAAGUUUCAGCUUGUGUUUCUAAUGGAAUUUCUGAAAGAAAAUAUACUGUUAAUUUAAACAUGAGAAUAAUUCAACAUUGAGAUUUUUAGAAUUUCUGUCUAGUGAUUCUUUGGUGAAUGGCUCAAACAAAAUACAUAUCAAACAGUAUGACUUAUAACACAUACAAAUGUUUAUUCUGUACUAUUAAACAAAUAAAAGUCAGGGACCUCAGAAAAUUAUACCAAUGACUAAAUCCCAAAGGGAGCAUAACUUCAAUGCCAGGCAGCUGACUCACUUUCUCUAGUUCUGGAGAUUUUAACUUUGUGAAUUUAGUUAUUAUAUUGUCCCAUACUCACCUCUACACUAUCUCAUCUACAAAAAUCCUAUGUAAAUUACUUCUUAUGUAAAUCACUCUUCAGAUUAAACUUCUCGAACUUA